CUGAACGGGACCGGGAGGAGCCACCCCGGCAUCUGCACCGGGUCCCUCCCGGUGUCACCCACCGGGCACCGGAAAGCUCCGGGACCCCCAGAACCCCGGGAUUGCCGCGGUGUCGGGAACCCCGGGAAAGCUCCGGGCACCGGGAAGGCUCCACAGCACCGGGAGCAUCGGGCAUGUACCGGAGGGACGAAUGGAGCCGCGCCGCGGUGGCGGAGGGGUCAGCGCUGGACAUGGAGCAGCGCCGGGGCUGCUGCUGCCCACCGGCACCGGCCCCGCAGCCACCUCGGUAGAGAGGGGGGGGUGUCCCCCACUGCACCCCCAGCGCUGGAUGCGGCGGGACCCCCUUGGGGGGCUUUGGGGGAACCCCCCAAAAUAGCUGGGGGGGUCCCGGGGGUCCCGAUGGAGGUGGGGGGGGGCCGCCGGCUGCGGAUCCUGGAGGAUCUCAACAUGCUCUACAUCCGCCAGAUCGCCGCCAGCAUCCAGGAGCCGGAGCUGCAGCGGGCCCUGGAGCGAGCCCUGCGGGUCCGUGAGGGCGCCCGGCGCCUCCUCCCCGCCUGCAGCCGGCCCGAGCAGGCGCUGGAGACCACCAAGACCCUGGUGCUGUGCGAGGCCAGGGUGGUGGCGGCCGGGGGCGAGCUCCAGCGGCGCCAGGAGGCCCGGCUGAGGGGGGCCCGCCGCCCCUCGGAGGGCGGGCGGGCGGAGCCGGUGCCGUGCCGGGGCACCGUCUGCAUCUCAGAUUUGCGCAUCCCGCUGAUGUGGAAGGACACGGAGUACUUCAGGAACAAGGGGGAGCUGCACCGCUGUGCCGUGUUCCUGCUGCUGCAGGUGGGGGCUGAGAUCCACGACACCCCCACCGUGCUGGUGGACAGGACCCUGACCGACAUCUGCUUCGAGGGAGCCGUGCUCUUCCCCGAGGCGGGCCCGGAUUUCGAGCUGCGUUUGGAGCUGUACAGCGCGGGGCUGCCCGGGCCGGGGGCGCAGGGCAGUGCCCCCCGCAAGCUGGCAUCGCGCCUCAGCACCUCCCUGGGCCGCUCCUCGGGCCGCCGGGCACGGGCUGCCAUGGACGGGGGCCCUGCCAGCCCCCCGGGCACCGCGGGCACCGCCACCGGGGCGCUGCUGCUGCCGCCGCCCGGAGUGCCGUGUCCCCGGUUCCAGCUGCUGGCUCACACCACGCUGUCCCUGGCUCAGGUGCACGACGGCUUCCGCACGCACGACCUCGUCAUCGCUGCCGAUGAGCAGAGCCCCUGCUGGGUGCCCCUCUAUGGCCGCGUGUGUUGCCGCCUGGCGGCCCGGCCCAGCUGCAUGGACACCCCCGCGGCGACAGGGACACUGCGGCUGCAGGCUCCAGGGGCCGAGGGCCCCGGCGGGACCCCCCUGUUCUGUGUCCUGCGGGGCCCGGGGCUGCUCUGCUACGGCAGCGCCAGCGAGGCUGAGGCGGGGCAGGAGCCCACGCUGACCAUCGCUGUCACCAAGGACACGCGGGUGCGGGCGCUGCAGGCGGGGGGUCGGGGGCAGCCCCCCGGGGUGGCCGUCACCAACCGCCUGGGCGGGGAGGAGGUGACACACGGGCUGCUGGCCGAGAGCACGGCCGAGGCUCAGCGCUGGCUGCAGGCCUGGGGACAGCACCUCUGCGACCUGGCCCAGUGGAAGCAGUGCUGUGAGGAGCUGAUGCGGAUCGAGGAGCCCCCCCCGCGCCGCCCCCCGGCCCCGCUGCCCCCCCAGGGCUCCCUGUACCACCAGACGGCUAUUGACCCCUCUGAUGACAUCGCGGCCGUCACCGAGAUCCUGGCGGGGCACGGGGGGCCCCGCGCUCCGGGCCCCCCCCCGUGGCUCUCGCUGUUCGAGGGGCCCCCCCUGCGCAGCCCCAGCCCCCCCCGCCGGGGCCGCCCCCGAACCCUGUCCCUGGACGCCCGGCUCGGCACCCUCAAGGGCCGGGGGGGCACCCCAAAACCGCCCCACUCCAGCUCCUCAGCAGCGGCAGCAGCAGCCCGGGGCCCCCCCAGCGCGACCCCCCCAGAGCCCUCCAGUCCCGGGUGUGACCCCCCCCCAAGCACUUUUGGGGGGGUAACAGAGGGAUGGACCCCCCCCCCAAAGGGGGUUUGGGGGUGCUGGGGGCUCCCUGCUUCUGUUUUUGGGGAGAAACUGGAAUUUCUGCCCUCCCCGUGCUGGGGGGGCUCAGGGCUAAACUCCAAAAAGGGGGGGGGGGGGGUGGUUUCCUUCCCCCCCCUCACACACACACAAAGGUGGGUGCUGGGGACCCCCCCCCACCGCAGGGUGGGUGCUCAGGGUCUAACCCGGGGUGGGGGACACACAGAGCCCCCCCAAGCUCUGCUUUCCUCACCUCUAACCCGGGGUGUGGGGGGGACACAGAGCCCCCCCAGCAGGGCCCCCCACACUUAAUAAUAUUCACUAAUAAUUUGCAUUAAAAUUUAUUUAACAGCU